AAAUGUUUAUUGGAGUGUUUCCUCGCUAAUGCCCCACUGGAACGCGAAUCCGAAUCUCUGGUUGGUCUUGUAACCGGAAGAGGUCCUCCUGGAGUGAAGCCGCCGCCUUGCCCUCACUGCUCGCGUCUCGACGUGAGUGCGGCUCUGCUGAGAACGGUGCAAUGAUAAAAGCCGCAUAUGCGGUAGCUUCCACACCUAUCUGGCAGCAAAAUAGCCCACAACUAGUCUCACAAGAAGCUCCUCGCACCGCAGCCUUUAACCACGUCUCAAAGAAGAAGCCCAAGUGCCAGUAGUACCAUGUCCAGGUCAAAGGCGGGUGGUGUAAAUGAUGUCACCCGCUUUCUAUCGUCUGGGGCUGGACCUGGGUCACCCACUUCCAACCCGACAGCGUUCUCUGCUGCCAGCCAAGCCGAUUGGGCGGCUAAGAGGCUGGUAUGGGUGCCAUCAGAGAAGCACGGCUUUGAGUCAGCCAGCAUUCGCGAAGAACGUGGUGAUGAGGUGGAAGUGGAGCUGACGGACAGUCAGAAGAAGCUAACCCUGUCCAGGGAGGAGGUGCAGAGAAUGAACCCUCCACGCUUCAGCAAAGUUGAGGACAUGGCUGACCUCACCUGCCUCAAUGAAGCAUCAGUUUUACAUAAUCUGAGAGAAAGAUACUAUUCAGGAUUGAUCUAUACGUAUUCCGGCCUGUUCUGUGUGGUCGUGAAUCCUUACAAGAACCUGCCCAUCUACACAGAGUCCAUUGUUGAAAUGUAUCGAGGUAAAAAGCGACAUGAAAUGCCUCCUCACAUCUACGCCAUAUCAGAGGCUGCCUAUCGGAGUAUGCUACAAGACAGAGAAGAUCAGUCAAUUCUCUGCACUGGAGAAUCUGGAGCAGGAAAAACAGAGAACACCAAAAAAGUCAUCCAGUAUUUAGCUCAUGUUGCUUCAUCUCAUAAAGGUGGCAACCUGGGGAGAAGCAAAGACGCUCUACAGAUGGACGGCUCUAGGUCCUUAACAAGAGGCAGUACACUGGUGAACCGGAGUAUUCAAUAUGGUGAGUUGGAGCGACAGCUUCUACAGGCUAAUCCAAUAUUGGAAGCUUUCGGCAAUGCUAAGACUGUGAAGAACGACAAUUCCUCUCGUUUUGGAAAAUUCAUCCGCAUUAAUUUCGAUGUGGCGGGGUACAUCGUCGGUGCCAACAUUGAAACCUACCUCCUGGAAAAGUCACGGGCGACCCGUCAGGCCAAAGAUGAGCGGACGUUCCACAUCUUUUACCAGUUGUUGUGUGGUGCCUCAGAAGAAGUGAGAUCUGACCUGCUUUUGGGAACCGCUGAUCAGUACCGCUUCCUCAGUGGUGGCUCCAUCCCCGUUCCUGGUCAGAGUGAUUCAGAGAACUUCACCCAGACAAUGGACUCGAUGGCCAUCAUGGGAUUCAGCCCAGAAGAAUCACAUUCAAUGCUGAAGGUGAUCUCAGCUGUACUCCAGUUUGGGAACAUCACAUUUAUGAAAGAGAAGAACCAUGACCAGGCCUCCAUGCCUGACGACACAGCUGCUCAGAAACUCUCCCACCUGCUUGGAAUUAAUGUGUUAGAGUUCACACGUGCAAUCCUCACCCCGAGAAUCAAAGUUGGCCGCGAGUAUGUGCAGAAGGCUCAAACUAAAGAACAGGCCGACUUUGCAGUGGAGGCCCUGGCUAAGGCCACGUAUGAGCGUCUGUUCAGGUGGUUGGUGCACAGGAUAAACAGAGCUCUGGACCGACGACAGCGUCAGGGAGCCUCUUUCAUUGGUAUCCUAGAUAUUGCUGGAUUCGAGAUCUUCCAGCUGAACUCAUUCGAACAGCUUUGCAUCAACUACACCAACGAGAAACUGCAGCAGCUCUUCAACCACACCAUGUUCAUCCUGGAGCAGGAGGAAUACCAGAGGGAAGGCAUCGAAUGGAACUUCAUUGACUUUGGCUUGGAUCUGCAGCCCUGCAUUGACCUCAUCGAAAGGCCUACCCACCCACCCGGUGUUCUGGCCCUCCUGGAUGAAGAGUGCUGGUUCCCUCGAGCAACAGACCGCUCUUUUGUGGAGAAACUGUCCAAUGAACAAGGUGCUCAUCCUAAAUUCUUCAAACCAAAGCAGCCCCGUGAGGAGGCAGAUUUCUCCAUCAUGCACUAUGCCGGAAAGGUCAACUACAAAGCAGCUGACUGGCUGGUCAAAAACAUGGAUCCUUUGAAUGACAAUGUGGCUUCUUUACUUCACCAGUCGUCAGAUCAUUUUGUCUCUGAGCUCUGGAAAGAGGAUAUUCAAACUCUCCCUCGUGUCUACUUCUUUGACUCCUAUGCCACAAUACAGUCAAAUGGCACAGACAUGGACCGUAUUGUCGGUCUGGACCAGGUGUCGUCUGGAGAAAGUACUGCACCAGUUGCAUUUGGCGCAUCAGGACUUAAGACAAAGAAGGGAAUGUUCCGCACAGUUGGUCAGUUGUACAAAGAGUCCCUCUCUAAGCUAAUGGCCACCCUGAGAAACACCAACCCCAAUUUUCUCCGCUGCAUCAUUCCAAACCAUGAGAAGAGGGCUGGAAAACUGUCACCUCAUCUGGUUUUGGACCAGCUGAGAUGUAAUGGAGUUCUUGAGGGAAUCCGCAUUUGUAGACAAGGCUUCCCAAACCGGAUCCCAUUCCAGGAGUUCCGACAGAGGUAUGAGAUCCUGACUCCAAAUGCCAUUCCUCGCUCUUUCAUGGAUGGCAAACAGGCAUCGGAGCUGAUGAUUCGUGCUCUGGAAUUGGACCAUAACUUGUUCAGGGUGGGUCAGAGUAAAGUCUUCUUCAGAGCCGGAGUCUUGGGUCACCUAGAGGAAGAGAGAGACUUGAAGAUCACAGAUACUAUCAUCCGCUUCCAGAGUGCUGCCAGAGGUUUCCUUGCACGCAAAGCUUUUAUGAAGAAGCAGCAGCAACUGAGCGCUCUGAGGGUGAUGCAGAGGAACUGUGCUGCCUACCUUAAACUCAGGAACUGGCAGUGGUGGCGACUUUUCACCAAGGUGAAGCCACUGCUGCAGGUGACGAGACAAGAUGAGGAGAUUCAGGUCCGAGAAGCAGAACUGCAGAAGGCAAAGGAUCAACUGACCCGUGCAGAGCAGAACUUUACUGAGCUGGACAAAAAGCAUAUUCAGCUGAUGGAGGAAAAGGCUGUGCUGGCCGACCAGCUGCAAGCAGAGGCAGAACUAUUUGCUGAGGCCGAAGACAUGAGGGCCAGAUUGGCCAAUCGGAAACAGGAGCUAGAGGAGGUGCUGAGCGAGCUGGAGAGUCGACUAGUGGAAGAGGAGGAGAGGGGUACGCAGCUAACGAACGAUAAGAAAAAAAUGCAGCAGAACAUACAGGACCUGGAGGAGCAGUUAGAGGAAGAGGAAAGCGCAAGGCAGCGCCUCCUCCUGGAGAAAGUCACCCUGGAGACCAAAGUGAAGGGUCUGGAAUCUGAUCUCAUGAGUGCAGUGGAACACAGAGACAGAUUCAGCAAGGAGAAGAAGCAGUUGGAAGAGCGCUUAAGUGAAGUCACAGACCAACUCACUGAAGAGGAAGAGAAAACUAAGAGUCUGAACAAACUCAAGAACAAGCACGAGGCGGUUAUUGCUGAUCUAGAAGAGCGUCUCAAGCGUGAGGAACAAGUCCGUCUGGAGCAAGAAAAAUGGAAGAGGCGGAUGGAGACUGAGUCAGUGGAGGCCCAGGAGCAGCUCACUGAUCUGGGCAUGAUGACCGCUGAGCUCAAGGCCAGUCUAACCCAGAAGGAGAAGGAGAUAACUACUCUCCAGGGCCGGUUGGAGGAAGAAGGUGCCAGACGUUCAGAAGCUCAGAGGUCUCUGAGGGAGGCCUUGUCACAGGUGUCUGAGCUCAAGGAGGAAGUGGAGAAUGAACGUGGAAUGAGAGAGCGGGCAGAGAAACAAAGGCGGGAUUUGGGAGAGGAGCUGGAGGCUUUGAGAACAGAGUUGGAGGAAACUCAGGACACCACAGCAGCUCAGCAGGAGUUGAGGUCUCGCCGAGAAGCAGAGUUGAGUGACCUUCAGAGAUGUGUUGAGGAAGCAACGCGUCGUCAUGAGUCCCAGCUGUCGGAACUCCGUGUUAAACAUAGCGCUGCCAUCGACAAUCUUCAAGAGCAGCUGGACAACAGCAAGAGAGCUCGUCAAUCUAUGGAGAAAGCGAAGGCAGUGUUGGAGGAAGAACGGCAGAGUUUAACAGCAGAACUUAAGAGUCUUCAAACCAGUCGCAUGGAGACAGAUAGAGGUCGUAAAAGGGCAGAGAAUCAGCUUCAGGAACUAAACGCUCGCCUUACUCAAGCUGACAGAGAGAGGGAAGAGAAGGAAGAGAGAAUGCACAAGCUGCAGUGUGAGAUCGAGUUGCUUUCAGGAACUGUGUCAUCGUCUGAAUCGAAAUCCCUUCGUCUUUCCAAAGAGGUCAACGGUUUAGAGAACCAGCUUCACGAUGUCCAGGAAUUGCUACAGGAAGAAACACGGCAGAAGUUGUCUCUUGGCACUCGGAUCCGAGCAUUGGAAGAGGAAAGAAAUGGACUGAUGGAGAGACUUGAAGAGGACGAGGAGAGAGCUAAAGAAUUCACCCGUCAGAUCCAGACUCUUACUUUACAGUUGGCUGAAAUGCGCAAACAGUCAGAGGAGGUAAACUCAUCAGUGGAAGCUGGAGAAGAAGCUAGACGGAAACUCCAGAGAGAGCUGGACACUAUAACCCAGAGGGAGCGACAGAAGGAGGAGGAGAAGGAGCGAGUGGAGCGGCAGAGGGAGAGACUCAGAGAGGAGAUGGAGGACAUCAAUGUGGCCCUUCAAAGGGAAAGACAGAACUGCAGUGCUCUGGAGAAGCGACAGAAGAAGUUUGACCAGUGUCUGGCUGAAGAAAAAGCUAUCAGUGCCCGUCUCGGGGAGGAGAGAGACAGAGCAGAAGCAGAUAGUCGCGAGAAGGAGACUCGAUAUCUGUCGUUGUCUAGGGCUCUGCAGGAGGCCCAGGACCAAAAGGAAGAGCUGGAACGAGCCAACAAACAGCUCCGUCUGGAGAUGGAACAACUGGUAAACCAGCAGGACGACGUCGGCAAGAAUGUUCAUGAGUUGGAGCGUACACGUAGGACCCUUGAGACUGAAGCCCAGAACCUGCGUGUUCAGACCCAGGAGCUAGAAGAAGAACUUACUGAGGCAGAGAACUCAAGGCUGAGGCUAGAGGUCACCCUGCAGGCACUGAAGGCUCAGUUUGAGAGGGAGCUCAGCAACAGUGAGGAGAAAGGAGAGGAGAAGAGGCGAGCUCUCAGCAAACAGGUUAGAGAGCUUGAGAUCCAGUUGGAGGAGGAGAGAAGUCAACGUUCCCAGGCAGUGACAUCCAAGAAACAGCUUGAGGCUGAACUGCAGGAGUCUGAGGCUCAGGUGGAAGCAUCAGGCCGUGGAAAAGAGGAGGCAACCAAGCAGCUUCGACGUUUACAGGGUCAAAUGAAAGAACUCCUCAGAGAACUGGAUGAAACCAAACUAUCUCGGGAUGACAUUAUUGUCUCUUGCAAAGAUAACGACAAGAAAAUUCAAACUCUCGAGGCAGAAGUUUUGCAACUGAGUGAGGAGUUGUCAGUGUCAGAGAGACAAAGGAGACAAGCUCAGCAGGAGAGAGACGCCAUCGCUGAUGAAAUGGUCACCAACAGCUCUGGGAAGACCGCUCUUUUUGAAGAAAAGAGAAGGCUGGAAGCUCGAAUUAGUCAGUUGGAAGAGGAAGUGGAGGAAGAGCAGACCAACUCUGAGCUGCUGGCUGAGAGACAGAGGAAAAUGACUCUGCAGGUGGACACGCUGACUGUGCAGCUACAGGGCGAGAGAACGCUGGCCCAAAAGGCCGAAGCCGCUCGGGAUCAACUGGAGAGGCAGAACAAGGAGCUGAAGACCAGGCUGGGGGAGCUGGAGGGAGCAGUGAGGGGCAAACACAGAAUGAGUGUGGCUGCCCUGGAGGCCAAGAUAGAGUCAAUGGAGGAGCAGCUGGAGCAAGAGAGACAGGAAAGAGCCAUCGCAAACAAAGUGGUCCGGAAGACAGAAAAGAAACUGAAGGAAGUCAUGAUGCAAGCAGACGACGAGAGGAGACAUGCAGACCAGUACAGAGAGCAGCUGGAUAAGUCCAUGGUGCGACUGAAGCAGCUGAAGAGGCAGCUGGAGGAGGUGGAGGAGGAGAACUCGCGCUCCAACGCCCAGAAGAGGAAACUUCAGCGUGAGUUGGAGGAGCUCAGUGAUAACAGCCAGACCAUGAACAGGGAGAUCUCCUCGCUGCGCAACCAGCUCAGCGUCCCUGAAUGGAGAUCCGAUAAGCGUGCUCCUCUGCCUUUGGCCAUGCGUGGACGCAGAGCACUGGUGGACGACUUCUCUUUGGAGAACUCUGACUCCGAGGAGAUCCCUCCCUCUCCUACACCAUCUUCUGGACUCCCAAGAACCCCAACUCCAUCCUCAGAUCUCAGCCUGGACCCUUCACCUUACAGCCUCAACAACGCAGAGUGACACACUCGCACACAGACACACACCGUCUGGAUGACAGCUGCACUGACAGAAUCUGUUAUAGCUCGAUGCUUAUAUGAUUUUCCUUGGUACAAUAGGACUUUUGACAAAAAUUGAAAUUUGGUCAAAGCAACAAGUACACUAGCUAAUGUAGAGUUGAUAUACGUUAACAUGAACAAUUAACAAUUAUUUUCCAUCAGUAAGUAACAGUAAGAUUUGAAAAUAGCAGCGAGAAGUUAUUUGAUUUUGUGUUCCUUCAUAGGAGCUUUUGGAGCAGUCCAAAUUCAAACACUAACAUUGACUGUGCUUUUCAAAACAUCUGGCAGUUUAGCCAAAGUAGGAAAGGUAAUGGCAAUAUGAGGCUACAUAAACUCACAGUGAGGAACAAGGGGAAGUUGUCAUGACAUUCUUCUCUUCUAAAUCAGUUUAGAUAAUAAAGAAAUGUCUUCUAUUGUGAGUCUGGCCACUUUCAGCUGAAGCCAUGUUUGCUAGCUAUCUUCACUAAGGGCUGCAGGAGGAGGGUUGUUCAGACAAUCUGUAAUAACUGACAUUUUGACAAGUUUGGCUUUUUUAGUAAGAAAAACAAAAUCAGCAAUAACUUGAAAAAUACUUGACAGUAUUGUGUGAUUUCGAUUGGCUUUGACAGUAAGACUGGCUUCCAAAUGAGUGGUUAACUUGCUUCGAGAGACUUGCUUGUCUUCAAAUGCUGCUUCUGGACUUUUUAGUGAUCUCAAUAUGAAUCUCUCAGUAAUAGCAAGAUGUUUACUGUAUGAACUGUAGUAACUCUCUUCCAGACUAUACCAGCGAUAUGAGACUUGUCUGGUGUCCUAAUAUAGUCUCCCUCCAACUGGGCCUCUGACUUUUUGUAUACACAAGAACAAACAGGCAGAAAUCUUGCUAGACUGACGUGUUUUUUCCUGACAAAUGUUGUGUACAUUGUAACUUUCACUGUGUAAAUCGAACAAAGCUUUGUAGGCGUACGGAUGAGACAAAAGGGACGUAGGGAAGUAGCAAAUGUAACGUAGCUGUAGACUAGGGUAGGUGAUGGAGACAGAUGCCACUUCGGGAGCUGUCAGUUUAUGCUAGUUAGCAGAAGCACCGGGGUUUCGUUUUUACCCUAAGUAAGAAUACCACUGUUGCAACACAAAUUUUUAGACACGCUGUGUUUGUGAAACCGGAAUUUUCCCGCAUGGUUUAUCAUUUGAGCGAUAAUCGUUUGCAAAGCCAAGACAUGAAUGUUUCGUUGAUGCUUUAACUUCUCAGCGGUGGAUAUUUCCCAAAAAGCAGUCCUACUGACCCCGUAGUUUUAGUAGUUUUGAUCCUCUUGUGAAAGAAAUCAAGGCCAACUGUCCAGUUUGACAGAAUGUCAGACUAAAGACAGGCGUGGUCACCAAUGUUUCUUCAUUUAAUCUGAAUGUUUACUUUUGAUUUUUUCGUAUUUAUGCCAACUGCUGAGCUCAUGCCAGUUCUGGAUGUCAAACCAAACGUGACAUUGCUGCGACGAGUCUGAGAACUUAUCAUUAUCAUUGUUCUGUGCUAUGAUUGACAGCUACAAGAUCAAAAACUACUACUAACGUCACCCUGUGACUUGUUUUUUUUUAAUGCUCGCAUCUGUAAAAUUACUUUAUUUUAGUAAUAUGCAAAUGAGUUUGUUUGAAUCUUUGUUGUUUUUUUUUAAUGAUAUUCUGUGAUUGCUGCACUUUACACACCACCAGUGGAGAUAAACCGGACCUUUUCUGAGUAUCAGUCUGCUUUCAUGUCCAAAACUGCAUCAAGCCAAAUGGGUUUGUUCAGACAUCAUAGAUGUGAGGUGAUUGGUUCAUGCCUUGAUAGACCAAAAUCUGAUAACACAUGACCCCAACGGCAGAGUUGAGGUAACUUGUAGCGAGAUAAUGAGGAGGCCGGUGCUUCUCAGGGGUGAUGACUCUGCUCAUGGCUACUGUGCAACUUGAAACUAUUUUGAAAAACUGUUUUAUUGUUAAGCCUUUUUUCCUUUUGUUUAUGAUGUAAUUAUAAAACAUAUGACUGGGGUUAACUUUAAUAUAUGUGGCUGGUUUUGAA